AUGAAUAUGCAAGAUAAAAUUAAUCAAUUGGAAAGUUUUAUUAAAACUUUACCAAUAAUCGAUCAUCAUUGUCAUAAUGUUAUAGAUAAACAACCAAAUAUUGAAUUACCGUUAGCUUUUGUUUUAUCAGAGGGUGAUUCAAUAAAUAAUCCAUUAUUUUUAAAUCAACUAAAAAGUACAUUGAUAUUUAAAAGAAGUAUAAAAGAUAUUUAUAAAUUUUAUUAUGGUAAAGAUUUUAUAGAAGAACAGGAAGAAAAUGGAGAGAUUGAUGAAAAUAUAAUUGAACAUGAAAUAAAUAUGAAAAGAAAUGAAAUUGGUACAGAUAAUAUAAUGAGAGGAGUUUUUACAAGAUCAAAUAUUGAAGCAAUAAUUUUAGAUGAUUCAUUAAAAUUCUCAAUAAACUCUGUAGAGUUACCAUUGAAAUCAAAUAGUUGGCAUUCACAAUUUACAAAGGUCUACAAAGUAAUUAGAUUGGAAACAUUAUUAGAGAAAAGUUUAAUAGAUGCAAAAACCAAUGGUAUGUCAUUUUUUGUUUGGAAAACAUACGUUGAAAAACUAUUUAGAGAUACAAUUGAUAAUCCAAUUGAUGAUAUUAAAGUAAUUGGUUUAAAAAGUAUUGUUGCGUAUAGAUGUGGUUUAGGUGUUGAAAAUCCAUCAAUUCAAAAAGUUUUAGAAGAAUUUGAAAAAGUAAUUAAUGAAAUUCAAAUUAAUAAUAGUAAUAAUAAUAAUAAUAAUAAUAAUAUUAAUAAUAGUAGUGGUAAUAUUAUAACAACAAUCAAUCAAACUAAUUAUAGAAUUGAAAAUAAAACAAUGAUUAAUUUUUUCAUUCAUAUUGCAAUGGGAGUUUCAUCAACAUUAUCAAAACCAAUGCCAAUUCAAAUUCAUACUGGAUUUGGUGAUUCAGAUUUAUCAUUAGAAUUAUCAAAUCCAUUAUUAUUGAAACCAUUAAUUGAAUCAUAUCCAAAUGUUCCAAUUGUAUUAUUACAUUGCUCUUAUCCAUUUUUUAGGGAAGCAGGAUUUUUAAGUUGGGUUUAUCCAAAUGUAUAUGUUGAUAUUGGUUUAGCAAUUCCUUUCCUCUCAAUAAGUGGUAUGAAAAAUUCAAUUCAAUCAAUGUUAGAAUUAGCUCCAAUUGAUAAAAUCAUUUAUAGUUCUGAUAGUCAUUAUAUACCUGAAUUAUUCUAUCUCGGUUCAAUUUGGGCAAGAAAUAUAAUAUUCAAAGUUCUUUCAAAAUCUUUAAAAAAUAAUGAAAUAACUUUAAAAGAAUCAAAAGAAUUUGCUUUUAAAAUUUUUAAAACAAAUUGUUUAAACUUAUAUAAAAUAUAA